AGCUAGGGUAACUGAGCUCUGUUUCCUGACUUUCUUUUUUUUCACCAAGAUAAUUAGUGUGUGGUGUGUGUGUGUGUGUGUGUGUGUGUGUUACGGAGAGAGAGUGAGAGACAGUUCAUGGAAUGCUGUGAUGUCAUCAGCUCAGUCAUACACAAAGGCAAGGAGGAGGACACACAAGCACACUCGCUCGAAUAGUUACUCUGCUGUGGAGCAUCUGCACCCCCACUGUGAGUACAUCCUACUUAAAUAACAUAUCCGUUCUCUCACACAUUCUGCUGAAUUGUCUAUUACAGAAUGCCUCUCCUUUUCUGUCCUUUUUUCCCCCCACUAAGCGUUGAGUAGAAAGAAACCAAUGUGUUUGCCAGCAGUGACAGUUCUCAGUCUCUGGCUACCUUUGUCUCCCUCCAAAUGUUGCUUAUGCUGUUUCCAUUGUUAAUAUGACCACUAUGCCUAGUGAAGUACAUUCAGCCCCUCUGCUACAACAGCGUUCUGCUCAUGCUGUCCUGGGAUGUGACCCUGUAGUUUGGUUACAGCCCAAUAACGGCCAUGUUGAAAUGGAGCAGCUGUCUCUUGGGAGUUUCAAAAAAAGGAAGGGGGGUUGGAAAGGGAUGUGUGUGAAGGAGGAGGAAAAAACCCACCCAUUCCUUUGGAAUCGGUUCCCAUCCAGAGUCAGACACACUCUCAGAGCCCUGACAUGGCUUGAGUGAGGAAACCAGGGUUUGAUGGAGGGGAAAAUAGAUUACUGGGAUUACUAAGAAAUGAAAAAGAAGACAGUAAGUAGUGACAUCUUAAGAGGAGAACAGAUAAAGAAAACCAAGGCAAGAAAAACUGUCUAGGAUAACUAAAGAUAGCAGUAGGAUUAGCAUACAGUAGGGACUAGGCAGUGCCAAUCAUCUGCAGUGCAGACAGAUGUGAUGUAGCAUUUUCCCUGAAGCAGAGUCUCCCAGUGAUGGCUUCCUGACGAGGGCUGACGACGAAUGACGUGUGUGUGUCGAGGGAGGAGGAAGUGUCAGCUCAGAGGACGACAGAGGAAGCAGUCUUCAGCUUGUGUGUGUGUGUGUGUGUGUGUGUGUGUUUGUGACAGACGAGCCCCGAUCUUCUUCUUCUCCUCAUGAGGCUCAUUUAGAAACCAACUCAUCUUCAGGAAACUGUUGGCUUAAGGAGUCAGGACAGUACCCCUCCAGCCCACCACCGCCGCCACCAUGCUGCAGCAGAUCUUAAAGGACAUGUACAUUGACCCAGAUGUGUUGGAGGCCCUAAAUGAGGACCAGAAAAAGACCCUGUUCCUGAAGAUGAGAGAGGAGCAGGUGCGGCGCUGGACAGAACGUGAGGAGAAAGAAGCGGACCAUAGGCCAAAGUCAAAGACAGCCAACAGUAAGAAAGUGAGCUGGUUGCUGGGCAGGGACGGAGAUGUGGCGGUCAUGGCGAUUGGAGAGGUGGACGAGCUGAAGACCUCCAAACUCAUCUGCACUGGGCCUGCGGAAAGAAGAGCACCACCAAGCCUGCACAAUAACACACUCCACCAGACAACUUCCCUGAUGAGCAACCUGGUAAACAGACCAGCCUCAGAACCUGUCAGACCUCGGAGAGAGGAUCUGCCUCCCAAAACACAGUCAGGGAUACAACUCAAUUUAAAGGAGAACAGUGAGGAAGUGAGGACAUUGCCCCCUCUACAGGGGGCAGUGAGAGAUCAGCAGCCACCCGCAGCAGUGGAAAAAGAGGCUGAGUUGGAGCAGGAUGUAGAAGUAGGUGGUCCACAGGAUCCAGUCCUCCUGUCCUACAGACCUCACCCCAGAGCUGGCCCUUCCAACCUGAGGCUGGGUACCAGACUGUCCUCUAUCCCCAAGACCAUCACACCGUCCUCUGUACCAAGCUCCACUCCAUCCCCUGUCCCCACUGACACACCGUCUCAUGUCCCCAAGACCGUAACCCCUGUCCCUACCAUCACACCGUUUUCUGUCCCCAAAACCAUCACACCGCCUGCUUUCCCUAGCAUCAUAACACCAUCCCCUGUAACCAACAAUGUCAUACCAUCUCCUGUCCCCAGCAGCAGUGUCACACCGUCUCCUGUCCCCAGCAGCAGUGUCAUACCAUCUCCUGUCCCCAGCAGCAGUGUUACACCAUCUCCUGCCCCCAGCAGCAGUGUCAUACCGUCUCCUGUCCCCAGCAGUAAUGCCAUCAGAGCUGCUCUAGAAAAGAGCACUGCCAAAUCACACGCUUCAGAGAAGACCGUCACACUGUCCCCUGUCCCUAGUCCCAUCACACUGUCCCCUGUCCCUAGUCCCAUCACACUGUCCCCUGUCCCUAGUCCCAUCACACUGUCCCCUGUCCCUAGCCCCAUCACACUGUCCUCUGUCCCAAGCAGUGUCAAAACAUCUCCUGUCCCCAGUGUCUCAACCUCCCCUGUCCCCAGUACCACUUGGUCCCCUGUCCCCAGUACCACUUGGUCCCCUGUCCCCAGUACCACUCGGUCCCCUGUCCCCAGUACCACUCGGUCCCCCCCUGUCCCCAGUACCACUCGGUCCCCCCCUGUCCCCAGUACCACUCGGUUCCCCCCUGUCCCCAGUACCACUCGGUCCCCUGUCCCCAGUACCACUCGGUCCCCUGUCCCUAGCAUCUAUACACCAUCCCCUUUCCACAGGACCGUCACUCCAUCCCCUGUGGCUAGCAGCACGGCCAUAAGAGAAGCUCUAAAGAAGAGCACCACCAAAACACAUGCUCCAGAGAAGACCACUGUCACACCGCUGUCCGCUUCAACCAGACUCCACCCCCAGGAGACGCCCAGCAGCAGAGAUAUCCGUGUGAUCGCAGCCUCUCGCAGGACCAUGUCUGAGGAUGUGGUGUCUGAUGGGGGCGGGGACACCUGUACAGGGCGUGGCCGGGUGGCUCAGCUCAUGAAGACCUUCAGUGUGACAUGCCCCACCCCCUCCACACAGACCCCUCUCCCCCACGGCAACAAGCCCUCCAUCCCCACCAAGCCCAGCCACCUGCGUCUCGUUGCCAGCCCCUCACUCAGGUAAUCCACAGGACAGGACCAGACAACCAGGCCCACCCCCUGUCCCCCAUUCCAGGCCCCACUGGACAUUGCUGGACAUCCAGCCUGGGGCCUCAGCCACUGGGGACAGGCAUGCAGGCCACAUGAGUCUCUCAGGAACACAACCAAACGUUUGACUCGAUUGCUACUACUCCAAAAGCAAUGCAAUGGUAUAGAGAUUUUAAAAUGUUUACUUUUGUUUACUUUUUAAAAAUGUUUACCAUGUUUUAUUUUAAAUUGUACAGUACUGUAAAUUCUCUCUGUGGGAAAGGCGAACCAAUAGCGUUGAUCGUAAACAGCAUCUUCCUUUGUAUCCUGCUUUUGCCUUUUUAUAUUCACAAAGGUAUUGGGUGGUUCCACUAAUUAGAUGCCUUUUUAUAUUCACAAAGGUAUUGGGUGGUUCCACUAAUUAGAUGCCUUUUUAUAUUCAAAGGUAUUGGGUGGUUCCACUAAUUAGAUGCCUUUUUAUAUUCAAAGGUAUUGGGUGGUUCCACUAAUUAGAUGCCUUUUAGAAUUUUAUUUCACCUCAUUUUAACAUUCGGUCAAUGUUCAACUUAAUAAAAAACAUGUUUUCCCAUCUCAAGAGGUAAAAGAAAAUGACUAUAGUAAGUCCUAUUAAGUGCUGAAUAAAGUAACAGGGUUGACGACUUCAUCUUAAAUCAGCCAUAACUCCCCUUGUGACAGAGGGAAUGGAAGCUUUUUGUGUGCAACAGGGACGGGCAAUUGAAUGCAAGCUUCACAAUUUGAUAUUUUUGUUACCGUCCAAUGCAGCUGUUUUUAAUCUCAAUAUCAAAUCAUUUCUGGGUAACAGUGAAGUAGCUUAAUGUGAUAGUUUUCAAUUGAAAUGGUCAACAAGAAAACAAAAAUAGCUUCUUAGCAAAGAACAAUUUCUCAAGCAAGAAUUUUGCUAGGACUGUCUGGGAGUGGUCUGAGUAGGCUGGGGAGAAUGUAAACCUAGCUGCAGAGAGGUUUGGAACUCUCUUUCUUAUUGGUCUAUUAACAAAUUUACCGGUGAUGUCACCAGGCAGGCCAGAAUGCCAUUCAACCAAAACAGGCAGAUAUUUCAGGUCUUUUUUUUUCUCUUCAAACAUUUCUUACACUAAAAUGGCAUUAUCAUCUUUUUCACAGUUUCACAGUAUUAUUCCAACCUCAAAGUGUAGAAAUAUAAAUAACAUCACGUUUUGGACUGCACCAGCCUGUCUGUCUAUAGGUAACAGGGUUGAUGCUCGACCUGUUCAGUUCUCCACCACAAAACACCAGAAAAUGGCCAAUGACUAUUAGAUGUUCAAUGUUUCUUCAAAACAUUGUUUUUAAAAUGAAUAGUUUUAACAUAUUAAAAUGAGAUUUCUGUUCAUGUAACAGACUUGACCUUAAAAUGGGCAGUUUUUAUAAAACCUUUUUAAAAUGAAUAACUAAUCACAUGAAAUAAAUAAUCAUCUUUAGAAAUGACUUCAUCAAAGCAACAAAAUAACUAGGGCUUGUGGAUACAUCUAGGUUAGGUGGGUUACAGUCUAGAAGUUCCAAUCAAUCAAAGCAAGCAGUGCAGGCGUAGAAGCACAGUGGCUAGAGGGUGCACAGAGAGACAUGACAAAAUGCAGAAUGCAGAGAGCAAUUUAGCAAGUCUUUAUUCAUAUUGGAUUUAUUGAAUUGUCCAUGUGGUCUAUAUUAAAAGGCACUUCAUUUAAUAUAACCGGCUUUGAAAGUUAAUUAUUUGUGCACAAUUCCUUCAAAUAUCCCUUAUUUCAUGGAACAACCCUAUCAUUGACCACAUCAUACCAUGUAUUCACCUGUUUAUAUCGUUCCUGAAAUAUUAUCAUGUACAAAUCCUACUUCAUUGAUACACUUAUCAUACAAUACAUUCACAAAGCCUGUACAAUGCUAUCAAGGUCUCAACCUGUACUUGUGAUCCCCAAAUGGUAUGACAAAUGUAAACUUGAAUGACAUAGUACAUGCAGUAAUAUGUGUUUUGUCAUUAUGAGGUGUUGGCUACUAUAUAGAGAGAAACUGUGCUAAUGUUGACAGGGCCAAAUAGUUCAUACAUAGCUGUCAUGACCAAGGAGCUGGGUGGAUUACAGUAUGGACAGACCGGUAGAACAGGAUCAGUGAGGUGGUUCCUCCUUGAUCCCUGGGAACAGCACACAGCACUCUCUGCUUGUUUACUGCCACAUCUCCCAUGACUUUAACCUGGCCAAAGCAGCACGGUGUGCGACUUACCUACCUGAGAUGGAACAAUGACUGUGUCAAAUGCCUCCUCUCUGUGUCCCAGUGGACCAAACACUGGCAAGCCACACGGGCCAUGCCAAAUAAUACUCCUCAGUUCUGGCAAGCCACACGGGCCAUGCUAAAUAAUACUCAGCUCUGGCAAGCCACACGGGCCAUGCCAAAUAAUACUCAGCUCUGGCAAGCCACACGGGCCAUGCCAAAUAAUACUCAGCUCUGGCAAGCCACACGGUCCAUGCUAAAUAAUACUCAGCUCUGGCAAGCCACACGGGCCAUGCCAAAUAAUACUCCUCAGUUCUGGCAAGCCACACGGGCCAUGCUAAAUAAUACUCAGCUCUGGCAAGCCACACGGGCCAUGCCAAAUAAUACUCCUCAGUUCUGGCAAGCCACACGGGCCAUGCUAAAUAAUACUCAGCUCUGGCAAGCCACACGGGCCAUGCCAAAUAAUACUCAGCUCUGGCAAGCCACACGGGCCAUGCCAAAUAAUACUCAGCUCUGGCAAGCCACACGGUCCAUGCUAAAUAAUACUCAGCUCUGGCAAGCCACACGGGCCAUGCCAAAUAAUACUCCUCAGUUCUGGCAAGCCACACGGGCCAUGCUAAAUAAUACUCAGCUCUGGCAAGCCACACGGGCCAUGCCAAAUAAUACUCAGCUCUGGCAAGCCACACGGUCCAUGCUAAAUAAUACUCAGCUCUGGCAAGCCACACGGUCCAUGCCAAAUAAUACUCAGCUCUGGCAAGCCACACGGUCCAUGCCAAAUAAUACUCCUCAGUUCUGGCAAGCCACACGGUCCAUGCCAAAUAAUACUCCUCAGAUCUUUGUUAUUAUUCUCUCAGUUUUGUGAUUGGUUGCACUCUUUGUUCUUUUUUACUGUGUUUAUGGGGAUGAUCUAUGUUGUCUUGUGUGAUGAGUGUUGUCCUACAAGGUGUGUGCUGCACUUUGUGUGUGAUCUCAGGCCUGUGUGGCACAAUCACAGUGGAACAAUAAAAAUAAUUUGACUCAUC